UGAAUUUAAAGUAACCAACUCCUUGAUGUAUGUAUCUUAGAUCAUGAUUGAAAAACUCUUCUCAAAACAUCAAGGAAAACUCUCAGAACAAAACUUCAAACAAAACCCUAGGACUCUUGAAUACGAUCUCAGAAAAAGUAGUCCUAAAAACAACCUAGACAGGUAUAAAUAGGAAUCCUGAGUCCACGAUCUCCGCUCGAGCGCCCAACAUCCUGCUCGAGCGGCUUCAGCAAAAUCUGCGUGCGACAAAACAGAUUUCCGCUCGAGCACUUGAUGAUCCACUCGAGCGCGAAAUCAUACCUUCCAAUAUUUUUACAGACUUGACAAAAUACUGAGAGACUACAAUAUCCGCUCAAGCGCCAAUGGUCCCGCUCGAGCGGGAAGAACAAAAACACAGGAAAAUUACAACUUGUUCAACACAAAGUUUUGUACCCGGAUUUGACAAUCAAGGGACCUAACACUUUCGAUCCAUCAAGAUUUACAUCUUAGGUCUUGGUGUUUGCACGGUAGUGUUUUUAGUUGGUAAAUCCUUUCUUGUAUGUAAUCUUUAUACCUGUGUGUAAAUCCCCUCUUUUUUUCUUUCCCUUGUGCAAUGCAUUUCAAUGCCAGUAAACAUUUUCAGAUCUCUCUGUCUCUCAUAUAUUUGUUAGAACUUGCAGUUUAGGAUGUAAUCUCUUUUAUUUAUUUAUUUUUUAUAUAUAUUCUAUUUUUCAUUUUCGUUCUCUCUCUACUCAAUUGGGCUACAUAUAAAUCCAAAUUAUUAGAAUUUAAUGCUAAAAAUGUCAACUUGUAAAGCUAAAUAGAUCAGGGAGGUGAGGUGGGAGUAGGGUCCUCGACCCAUACUAUUACUCACAUAUUGUCAUUGCUACUGAUAUUAAUGUAAAACAAAAAAAUCAUGUAAUGUUAUCACUACAACAAUAAUGGGAGCACUUUAAUUUAAUAGAGAAAUAAUGAUUAAAUAGGUGUAGAACUAUGAUAAUUUAAUAAUAAAAAAUAAUGGGUAAAUUACAUGUCUUUCUUUAUUUUAAUUUUUGUAGUUUCAAUUUGAACAAUUUAAUUUACACUUUCAUUUUUGUUGUAAAGUAAUCAUAACAAACAGUUUAGAGCCAUCUUAUAUGCAUUGCAAGAAUACUUAUGCAGUAUAGGAAUUAUUAAUAGAUAAAUUUUUAAAAAUUUAGGAAGUCAUUCUAUGUGUAAUAUAAAAUAAUUCAUAAUGCAGGAUUAAUUAACUAAUUUUAAGAAGUUUAGGGGGGGCUGCCAUCCCACAACUCAAGCAAUCUUGAUUUGAAGUUAUGUGGUGUUACUAUUACAUUGGAGAUGUUUGGGAAUUGAGUUUUCUAGUAAUGUUUUUUAAAUUUUUAAGAAAAAUGUGCAUAAAAGCAAAAAAAUUAUUUGAUAACUUGUAAUUACUUUGUAACUUAUAUCUAAGGUUUUCAAAAAAGUUUUAAUAUAUAUAUUUUUUCCAGAUAUUUUCGCUUUAAUAAAAAUUAGAUAGCAGGGACUUAACCAAAUUGGUAGGUAUACUGUCUACAUAAUUACUUGGAAUUUAACUCCUAGGACCAAACUAUGUGAAAAUAAUUUUUUAUAAAUUUUUUAAUCCCAACAUGAAUACAAAAAAAGAAUUAAUUGAGAUGCACGUAAAUUGGAUUGGAUCUCCAACCAUGUAACCUAAGAAAAAAAAAAGAACAUAUUAGACCGGAUUGAGCCGCUCCGGACGGAUAAACACACACAAAAAUUCUAUUAAGUCGGUAACUUUCGGAUUUGGAUCCUCUCCAGCAAUGUUCUCUCCAGCAGUGUCCAGCACUUUCAACAAGAUUGUGAGGCGCGGCAAAGAAGCAAUCUGAGGGUAAAGGAUACGCCACGUUGUGGAAAUAAGAAAUGAACUUAUUAGAACGUCGUCGUUGUUGGCGAGAGACCAAAAUUAAAGGAUUAAACUUUGUUUUGUGAAGUUUAACGGUGAAUGAAUAUAACGGAGUAAAAAAUCAUCCAACUGCCCCUAAACCCUUUCCUUCAUCCCAACCCAUGCCAUGGUCUUUUGCCUGAAACCCAGCAGCCCACGCCAAAGAUACUACUGCAACCCCGACGCCUAUAGUGUAGUUCCCUCACAUUGGCAGCGUCAUAUACCUAGUUCGGAUUAGGGAUGCACUCUUUCUUCCAUCGACGGUCAUCUCCCAAAACAUCCCAACGUAAGUAACCCUAACUCCUCAUUCCAGACCUUGGCUGGUUAGUUGAAUUUGUUUUUUGUUGAAUUGAAUGAUGAUUCAAAGUACUUACUAAAACUUCCACCUAAGUUGUGUCUCCAUGGUGCUAUUCAGUGUAAGUUGGCCUGCGCAGGGUCUCCCUCUACCGCUGCAGCUCUAUUUUGCCCUUCAGACGCUAUGGAGGAUUGGAAAUUUGGGGAUCUAGUCUAGGGCUUGGAGUGAACAGUCGUUUGACAAUUGUGGCCUCCGUUACCCCAAAAAGGACGUUGCAUCAUUUAGUUUUUGGAUUAUUGGUCAAAACGACAUCACUCUGCACAUUCCUUGCCUCCUCCACCGACGUGGACUCUUCUACAUCGCUGGAUCUGGUCUGCCCAACGUGUCUUCAUCCUAUUCAAACUGCAGGACAAUGCUGGACCAAGGAUGGCUAGAGAGGAUCCUAAUUCGUAACUUUCCCCCCACACAAGAAACACUCCACCUCUAAAAUUUGCUUGGCGAUAAUUCUCCAUAUCUCCCCCAGAUUCUCUGCUUCUAUUUCCAGAUCUCUCUUUCGCUUCAAUCCAAAAGAUGUCUCGAAGGUAUGACAGCCGUACAAUAAUCUUCUCUCUAUAAGGUCGUCUGUACCAGGUUGAAUAUGCAAUGGAAGCAAUUGGAAAUGCUAGGACUGCCAUAGGGAUACUAUCAAAAGAUGGGGUUGUACUGGUUGGAGAAAAGAUAGUCACUUCCAAACUCCUACAGACCUCAACAUCCACCGAGAAAAUGUACAAGAUCGACGACCAUGUUGCAUGUGCCGUGGCUGGAAUCAUGUCCGAUGCCAACAUCGUCAUCAACACAGCCUGGGUCCAAGCUCAGCGCUACACGUAUGCUUACCAAGAACCAAUGCCAGUUGAACAGCUGGUUCAAUCUCUAUGUGACACCAAACAAGGAUACACACAAUUUGGCGGGCUUCGACCAUUUGAUGUAUCAUUUUUGUUUGCAGGAUGGGAUAAGAACUACAGGUUUCAGCUUUACAUGAGCGACCCGAGUGGGAACUAUGGUGGUUGGAAGGCUGCAGCGAUCGGUGCUAACAACCAGGCUGCGCAGUCGAUACUUAAACAGGAUUACAAGGAUGAUAUCACAAGAGAAGAGGCGGUACAGCUUGUGCUGAAGGUGCUCAGUAAGACUAUGGACAGCACGAGUCUUACUUCGGAUAAGCUUGAACUGGCUGAGGUUUCCCUCUCUUCGGUGAAAGUGAAGUACCAGGUUAGCUCUCCGGAAUCUCUUAGUAAGUUGUUGGUGAGCUUUGGGUUGACCCAACCUGCCGCGGAGGCAUCAUGAAUUACUGUUUUCUUGAUUCAGACCUAUGUUUCUCGACUAGUUUGAGAUCUUACAAAGACAUAUGAUGUGUUGAUCUGAUACAAUUGUUAUUUUUAGGGCAAAUUACAUAUACCCCCCUCGAGGUUUGGCUAAAUUACAAAUACCCCCCUGAGGUUUGAGAAAUUACAAAUUCCCCCCUGAAUGCUAUAUUUGCAUAACAAAUUAGGGGG